AUGAAUGAUGAAGGUAGGAGCAGAGGGCCGGUAGGAAGCUGUAGGACCGUGGGUGAGCCUUGGGACGGAACCCAAGGUUGGCGGGAGAGCUUCGGGACGGGACCCGAGCAGAGCUUGAAGCGGGAUCCAAGCGGGGAGGUUGAGCCCAGGAACGGAAUCCAGGCAAAAAGGGAAGCCUUGGAGCAGAAUCCAAGCAACUUUGAGGAAGGAGUAAGAGAAAGAGACUCCAGAGGCACAAGAUCGAACAGAGGCAACCAAUUGAUAAACUUUUAUGUUUUCAGAGACAAACAAAGGGAUCUUCAGUAUGUGCAGGAGUACAAACCUGUGAAAGACGGCAUCAGGUACAUUCGAGUCCUCCUGUACGGACCAGUCGGAGCUGGAAAGUCAAGUUUCAUUAACUCUGUCAGCAAUGUCAUUCGACAACGAAUUUCGAGUCCUGCUUUGGCUAGUUCAACUACAUCCGACAAAAGCUUUACCACUCAAUAUCAAACUCAUACAUUCAUUAAAGGAAGAGGAAGCUCAAAGACAAUAUACCCCGUGGUCUUCAAUGACAUCAUGGGCCUGGAAGAGGGGAGCAAGAGUGGAGUUACUGCUAAUGACAUCAAGCUGGCUUUGGAAGGACACGUGAAAGAGGGCCACAAGUUCAACCCAGCUUCUCCACUUACUAAAAAUGACCCAGGCUACAACCCGAACCCCUCAGCUGAUGACAGAGUCCAUGUCCUGGUCUGUGUGCUCUCUGCCAACGCAUCACAGAUUAAAUCCUCAGUUCUGGAGAAGAUGAAAAGCAUCAGGGAAGCAGCCAGCGAACUGGGAAUUCCUCAAAUAGCCAUUUUGACCCACAUUGAUGCUGCCUGUGGUGAAACUGAGAAGGAUUUAAAGAAUGUGUACAAGAGCAAACACCUGAGGAAAAAGAUAAAGGACUUCAGUGCAGCAGUAGGAAUCCCCUUAAACUGUAUUUUCCCAGUGAAAAACUACAGCGAAGAAAUUGACCUGAACGAUGAUGUUGACUUUCUGAUCCUGAGUGCUCUCAAGAAAAUGGUUGACUUUGGUGACGACUUCAUCGAGAAAUGCUAUCAAGAAACUUUGACAUGGAGGGAUUUAGUUACAUGUAGAAACAGUUAAAGCUUCAUUACAUGCUGUUCUGGUUUAAAAAAAAAAGACAAGAACACGUUAGGUGGCAGUAUGGGUCAUGAAGUUAGGUGUUACAACUUUCUUUUUAUUACAAAAUAAAGCAUUUAAGAAUUUCAAAACAAAGCUGACAGAAUCCUGACGAAACA